GGCAACGUUUUCGAGUCUCUAGUCUUCCGUUUCUACCUCUGCGAGUUAUUGUUGUGACUUGUGAGAGAGGAAAUGGAGACAAAAGUGGUGAAAGAAGAUGACACACCACUCAGAGGCAUAUUCUGUUUGAAAAGAAGACAAGACAUGAAGAGAUUCGAAGAAACAGAGGACUGUUUUAUCCUCGAGUUCGAUCCUUUUGAUUCGUUCGACGUUAAAAGACUUACCUUUACCGAUGAUGAUCGUGAGGGUGGUGAUAAAGAUUUAGCUAUCAUCCAUGAGACAGGCCAGGUGGCUUGUAGAGAUUAUCCACAUCCAAGACAUUUAUGCUUGAAAUUUCCUUUUGAAUCAACUCCUAAAUCAAGCGAUUGUGAUUUGUGUUAUUGUUACAUCUGCGAUAAGCCUGCUCCUUGUGCAGAGUGGAUCGUAUCGCGUUCGCAGAAUUGGCAUUGCACUGCUUAUGACUCUGCUUUGUGGAAUUCGUUAAGGAGAAAGUGAAGUAUGGUUGGUUACAUUUUAAGGAUUAGAGAGCUCUUUCUUAUUACUUUAUCAGUUAGGUAGCUUCUUUGUCUAUGACUUAGAGUAACAGAUCGAUUUAGUUUCAGGAGAAUUAUUGCGAUGUAACGAUAUUUCCUCAGUAUGAAAUGGUUUAAUGCAUUGAAGUUGUUUUGCAAAUUUCGAAACGAAACCAGCGGUGUCUUGAUAAGUAUGCGAUGAUAUUGCUUCCUAUUUGCAAGUUUGCAACCUUUAAAGUAUUUCAA